AUGUUUGAGGUUAGGAUUCCAAUUGGACGGAGUAAAGACUUUAGCGUGUAGAAAUAUGAGAAAUGACAAUUAUAUAAUUACAUGAUACACUCAUACAGUGAACCAUUUCGCCGCAAACACUAUUGGACGGGACUCUGUUUUGGUUUUGACACUUCAUGCGCUGCACUUGUCAUGCAAUAUUAUUGUCAACAAUCGCCACUUCGACAUCUGCAUCAUUUUUCCAGCAAAUUCUUCAGUUUUUCGCAAAUCCGAUUCGAGAUGAGCGAAUCAAAGGAUGGCUCGAAGCAAGAGUAUCGUGAAAAGAAGAAACCACACGUUCCUUCUUCCUCUGAAAGUGACGACGAUGAGUGUGGCGCAUCUUCAGACUACACCAAACCAACGACGGAUAAAUCUAAAUUGGAUUACAUUCAACAGUAUCUUAAGCAUAAAUUGGGAUUGUCAUCCGAUGACGAAGCCGAUACAAGUGGCCCACAAGUUUUGAAAACGGUUGAUUGUCAAGGAUUAAUUGACCAUUGGAAGGAAAAAGGAUUUAAAAAAAUUAUCACGUUGGUUGGAGCUGGUAUUUCAACAUCUGCUGGCAUUCCCGAUUUUCGAUCUCCUGAAACUGGACUCUAUCACAAUUUGCAAAAGUAUGAUCUUCCAUACCCGACAGCCGUAUUCGAGAUAGGCUAUUUUAAGAAGAAUCCACAACCAUUUUUCGCAUUGGCCAAAGAAUUGUAUCCGGGGCAAUUUAAACCGACACCGUGCCAUUAUUUCGUGCGAUUGCUACAUGAAAAAGGAUUACUCUUGCGACACUACACUCAGAAUAUCGACACUUUGGAGCAUAUUGCGGGCAUUCCCAGUGAGAAAUUGGUGGAAGCGCAUGGAACAUUCCACACCAAUCACUGUUUGGGCUGUCGUCGUGAGUACAGCAUGGAAUGGAUGAAAGAGCAAAUAUUCGCUGACAAUGUGCCUACAUGCAUCAAGUGCAAUGGUGUUGUGAAACCGGAUAUCGUUUUCUUUGGAGAGGAUUUGCCACGAAAAUUCCAUGUACUACCGGACAAAGAUUUCAAGGAAUGCGAUUUAUUGAUCAUCAUGGGAACCUCGCUGGAAGUUCAACCAUUUGCAUCGCUCGUUAACCGACCGAAGAAACAAUGCGUACGAUUUUUGAUCAACAGAGAGUUGGUUGGCACGGCUUCGCGAUACGAUUUCCUUUUCGGAAAUGCAGCACUAUUGAUUGGCAAGAAGAAUAACAAACGAGAUGUUGCUUGGCUCGGUGACUGUGAUGACGGUGUUUUGGAACUAGCUAAUAAAGUUGGUCUUGGUGAUGAAUUGAAAGAACUUAUCGAACAUGAACAUAAGGAAAUCGAUGAAGCAAACAAGAAACCAAAUGCAGAAGACAAAGCCGGAGGAAGUGGAAAACCAAAGGAUGAUGAUGUUAAGUCUGAUUCCGCCAAUGAAUCCAAGACACCAGACACAAAAUCUGGGGCAAAAGAUGAGCUAAAGUAAUAUCACUCUAGUCACAUUUACCUUGUUUACUGUAUGGACACACGAGAAGAUUGAUCACAAAUUCUUACUAAAUUUCCAAGUUGGAAAUUCCAACUUUUUCUGGAAAGGUUUUUUUUACGACGAUGGUAUUAGUAUAUUUCUUUAUAUUUGGUAUGGUAUACUCUUUUUUUGUUGCGUUUCACUUUACCUGGGAUUCAAAUAAACCACAUUUGAAAUAACUCCAAGAAAAAA